CCCACCAACUAUUUGGAUGUUGGGACCAAAAAUCAGAAUCCAAUUGUUGUUGGUACGCGCCAGUAAGACACGGCUUCUGCUCUCUCCUCCUUCCUCAAUUGGCAGACCGGAGAAACUACGAAGAAGCUGCGUUUAUUUGUUCUUCUUAGCACUCUUUCUGUUUCUCUCUCUACCCAGAAAGAGUGCUAAACCUCUCUCUCUCUACCGGAAGGUACCUCCUCCUGACAUCUUCCUCAAAUACCUUACAUUUUGGCUUGUAUAAUUUCAAAAUAUCAUUGUAUCUCUUACAAUUCUCAACCCCUUUUCUGAAUUCGAUGUCUUUUUACCAAUUAGGCCAUUGCUUUGGCCAAACCCAUUUGAAACCCUAGACUUGUUUCCAUUCUCCGACUCUGGGUUUAUCGAUCUUCGUCUAAUCGAGUCUGAAAUUCAGAAAUUUAGGGUUGGAUAGGAGGGGGCAGGUAGAGAAAUCAUGAUAGAACCCAAGUGUUUUUUCGGGGCAAAAAAUUCCCAAUUUCGCGGGGUUUUCAAUGGAAUUUGUACUUUGGUUUUGUUCUUCUUAUUCUACAACCAGGACAGUUUUCUCAGAAACCAGUUUCUGGGCAGUUCGCAUUCGGUUCUUCCUCCUCGUUGGAGUUCCAAAGUUAAAGGCCUUGGUGAUCGGGUUGAUAUUAUUCGCAGGAGAAUUGCUGAAGUUAAUGUUUCUUCGUCGAAUUAUAGUGUAAGUGUUAAUGGGUCGGAUGCCAAUUUCUUAUCAGCGACUCAUCCCCAAUUCUGUACCGGCUUGUUAAAACACGAAGGUUAUCAGAGCAAAUGUGAGUUCUUAAUUACCCAUCCGGAGUGCAGUUCCGGUGGGUAUUUGAAUUACAUUCAUUUCUUCUAUUGUGACUGUGAAAAAGUUAGUAUUUUGGGGUAUGUAGUGUUGGCAAUAUGGUUGGCUGCUUUGUUCUAUCUAUUGGGUAACACUGCCGCAGAUUACUUUUGUUGUUCUCUGGAGAAGCUUUCUAGUCUCUUGAAGCUACCAGCAACUGUGGCUGGUGUGUCUCUGCUUCCACUUGGGAAUGGUGCUCCUGAUGUGUUUGCCAGCAUUGCUGCUUUUGUGGGGAAGGAUGCAGGCGAAGUGGGCCUUAAUAGUGUGUUGGGUGGAGCCGUCUUUGUUACUUGUAUUGUUGUUGGGACUAUAUCUCUCUGUGUGGCUGAUAGGGGGUUUCAGAUUGAUAAGAAAUGCUUUAUCAGAGAUAUAUGUUUUUUCCUCUUUACUGUAAUGUCACUUGCCUUCAUGUUGAUGGUUGGUGAGGUUACUGUUGGGGGUGCUAUAGCAUUUGUCUUGAUUUAUGUGGUUUAUGCAUUUGUGGUCGCUGCAAACGAGAUUCUGAGGAAACAUGUUCGGAAAUUAAGGUUGGAUGCUGUAACUCCGUUGCUACCGGUUAGAGGAAGUAUAUUUUCUCAGGCAAGUGACGAGGAUGAAUCAUCGGUAUAUGCUUCACUUCUUGAAUCUGAAUCUGACAGUGAGGUACCCCAGCUUCAAAGUAAGUUGCCACAGUGGAUGUGGGCUUCAAAUGUGGCAAUUUAUUCAAAUCAGAAUCUGAAGGCUAGUUCAGACAGCCCAAGGUCAUUGUGGGGUUGGAACGAUGAGGAAACAAUGGAGGAACACUCGUCCUCUUUUAAAUUUUUAUCACUGUUGGAGAUUCCAUUGACGCUGCCAAGACGCUUGACAAUCCCAAUUGUUGAGGAGGAUAGGUGGUCCAAAGGUUAUGCUGUUUCCAGUGCCGUGUUAGCUCCCAUUCUUCUUGUAUUCUUAUGGAACACCCAAGAUGAUGUGGGAUCUCUGAGUAAAAAGGUUGCGUACUUCAUAGGUUUUGUCUCUAGUGGUGUCUUUGGCGUUCUUGCAUAUCUACACACUCGAGUUGACCAACCCCCUCGCAAAUUUUUAUUUCCAUGGGUUUUGGGAGGAUUCUUUAUGAGUAUUAUCUGGUUCUACAUUGUUGCGAACGAGCUUGUUGCAUUGCUGGUGACAUUGGGCGUAAUCUUUGGAAUUAAUCCGUCAAUCCUUGGAUUGACUGUAUUAGCAUGGGGCAACUCGAUGGGUGAUUUAAUGUCGAAUGUAGCACUGGCAAUGAAUGGUGGAGACGGUGUACAGAUUGCAAUGUCAGGAUGUUAUGCCGGGCCUAUGUUUAACACACUUGCUGGUUUGGGGAUCUCAAUGCUGCUUGCAGCCUGGAACAAGAGACCGGAGCCGUUCAUAAUUCCCAAAGAUAGUAGCUUGUUUUAUACUAUGGGAUUUCUAGUAUUAGGGCUUCUUUGGUCACUUGUUGUGCUACCUAGGAAUGGAAUGCACCCUAACAAGAUCUUAGGACUCGGCCUUAUAGCAAUUUAUUUGAUAUUUCUCUCCCUUAGGCUAGGCACAUCAAUGGGAAUGCUGUCACUUGUAAAUGUUUGAGGAAUAAAUCUUGGAUUGGUAAUAGCAAAGUUGUA